AUGUCGGAGUCGGAGAGUGAUGAGGUGGUGGUGAGUGAGUCCAGCGACAACGAGUGCGACGACGACGACAGUCUCGACGAGGAUUAUGGCGGCGACAACAGUUGCGACGAGGGGGGGGACAAUGACGGCGACGACGACGGCGAUUGGAACGAGCAGGAGGGCAGCUCGAGCGCAGAGGAGGGGGCAGGGGGCCGGAGGAAGCAGGGCAACGGCAAGGCGGCGACCAAAUCAGCGGCGACCAAAGCAGCGGCGACGAAAACAGCGGCAGCGAAACGCGUGCAGCGAGGAGCGAGCGGCGUGAGGAGCGUUGGGCGGCGAGCGAGGGAGGCGAAGAGUGAGGGGAGUGGCGACGAGGAGCCGUCAGUGGCUGCCAUGAAGGCUGCCAACGUGGCUGCCGUCCUCAGGGGCGACGUGGAGGUGUGCAGGAGGGCGCUGUUGCCGCGCAUGCUGUCAGUCUCACAGGACGCGGCUGUGCUGCGCCGCCCCUUCAAGUCGCCGUGCCCUGGUGCCACCACCAACGCCUCCCCCGAGCUGCUCCGCCGCCUCGCUGCAUGCCGCCGCUUCGUGGCGUGGGGAGGGGGCGUGCACCGCCGACCCCUGGUCAUGGCGCCCGCGGGGGACCAGGGCGAGGGUGAGGACGCGGAGGACGGCGAGGCAGAGAAAGGCGAGGAGGAGGCGCAGGCAGUUGCGGCAGCGGAGGCGGGGUACGAGCCACUGGUGCUGUGGGUGCCGGAGGAGGACCCGUUCCACGCGUGUGAGCAGUCUCAGCCCAUCGCCGUCGACCCCAUCCUCGCCAAGUGCCUCCGCGCCCACCAGCGGGAGGGAGUGGCGUUCAUGUUUGAGUGUGUGGCGGGGCUCAAGGACUUCCACCAGCAGGGCGAUGACGACCCAGGCUGCUAUGGCUGCAUCCUCGCCGAUGACAUGGGGCUGGGCAAGACGCUGCAGUCGAUAGCGCUGCUGUGGACGCUGCUGAAGCAGGGCUUCCAGGGGCCCAAGGGGCCGCCGCUCGUGCGGCGAGCGCUCAUAGUCACGCCCACGAGCCUCGUCAGCAACUGGGCGGCGGAGCUCGACAAGUGGCUGGGCGGGCGCGUGCGCUGCGUGGCGCUGUGUGAGGCAAGCCGCGCCGAGGCGCUCAAAGGCAUCCAACAGUUCCUGGCUCCGCGCGGCAUGCACCACGUGCUGAUAGUGUCGUACGAGACGUUCCGCCUGCACGCCACGGCGUUCCAGCACGAGGGGGCGUGCGACCUGGUCAUCUGCGAUGAGGCGCACCGCCUCAAGAACGAUCGCACCCUCACCACGAAGGUAGCCGCCCAUGCCACGCAGGCGCUGGCAGGACUGCCGUGCAGGCGACGAGUGCUGCUCUCUGGCACUCCCAUGCAGAACGAUCUGGAGGAGUUCUACGCCAUGGUGUCCUUCACCAACCCGGGCGUGCUCAGCAACGCCGCCCACUUCCGACGCCACUUCCAGGUCCCACCUCCCCCACGUCCCACCUCGUCCUCUGCACUGCACUACCAGUUGGCCCGCUUCUAUUCCCCCUCGGCUCCCUUGCUCUUCCCUAAUUGCUUGCUGCCAUGCUGCACCCAUCCCAUGCUGGCUAUCAGCGAGUCGAGUCGAGUCGUGCCUCGACUCCUCUCACACUCAAUCUCACACCGCCCGCGCGUCUCUCACCCUCUCCCCGCGCUGCCACCUCUCUCCACCACGUCAUCUCAUCACCCAUGGUGGCACGCGCAGGCGCCCAUCCUGGCGGGGAGGGAGCCGCACGCAUCGGAGGAGGAGAGGGCGCUGGGGGCAGAGCGAUCUGCGGAGCUCAGCGACCGCGUCAACCAGUUCAUUCUACGCCGCACCAACGCGCUCCUCUCCAACCACCUGCCUCCCAAGGUGUGCUCCUCCGUCCUGCCACCCCCGUUGGGCUUAUCACCCACCUUGCACCUCACAUCCACCACCUCUUUCUACACCUCUUUCUACCUGCACGUCACUCCUAAUCUCUCCUGCGGGUGUAUAGUGGAGAUAGUGUGUUGUCGCAUGACAGACCUGCAGCGCCAGCUGUACGAGCGAUUCAUGCACUCCAAGAAUGUGCGCACGGCACUGGAGGAUGGGAAGAAGGCGCGGGCGCUGGCGUCCAUCACGGCGCUCAAGAAGCUCUGCAACCACCCCAAGCUGCUGUACGACUCCAUCAGGGCAGGAGGGGCGGAGGCAGCUGGCUUUGAGGACGCUCUCCCGCUCUUCCCACCUGAAAUGUUCAAUGGGAGGAGCGGCACAUGGACGGGGGGCGGUGGCACGUGGGUGCAGCUGUCGGGCAAGAUGGUGGUGCUGGCACGGCUGCUUGCACACCUGCGCACGCACACCACGGACCGCAUCGUGCUCGUCUCCAACUACACGCAGACGUUGGACCUAUUUGCGCAGCUGUGCCGGGAGCAUGGGUACCCCUUCAUGCGGCUGGAUGGAGGCACCUCGGUGGGCAAGCGGCAGAAGCUCGUGCAGCAGUUCAACGACCCCCACGCCGACGAGUUUGUGUUUCUGCUGAGCAGCAAGGCGGGGGGGUGUGGGCUGAACCUCAUAGGCGGCAACCGACUCGUGCUCUUCGACCCCGACUGGAACCCCGCCAACGACAAGCAGGCGGCGGCGCGCGUGUGGAGGGAUGGGCAGAAGAAGCGCGUGUUUGUGUACCGCUUCCUGGCAGCGGGGACCAUCGAGGAGAAGGUGUUUCAGAGGCAGAUGGCGAAGGAGGGGCUGCAGCAAGUAGUGGAUAGCGAGAAGCAGAGCGAGGGGCGCGCCCAGGUGAACCUGCUGUCAGCGGAGGAGCUGAGGGACCUCUUCAUGCUGCGCUCCUCCACCCUGUCAGUCCCCUCCUGCCGCUCCCUUCCCUCGCACGCUUUGCUACCCUCCCCUCACACGCAUUGUUGCUCUGCAUGGGUGAUAUUGUCCGACACGCAUGACUCGCUGGGGUGCCAGCGCUGCCCCUCACGCCCCUCGCUGCAUGCAGCCGGCAGGGGAGGCUGCCACGUGGGGGGACAGCAUAAGGGCGGGCAAGGUGUGGGAAGGGAGGGCGCAGGUGGUGGUGGGAAGGGGGCGAAGAUGGAGAGGCGAGGGGGAGGGUCUCUAGAGGAGCUGGCAGCUGCGGCUGCUGGGGAGGGCGAGGGAGCGGGACAAGGAGAGGGAGGAGGAGUAAGAGGAGGGGAGGAGGGGGGGGAUAGGGAGGAGGGGUCAAGUGGAGUGGAGAGUGGGGGCAGGGAGAAGGCAGAGGCAGAGGGGAGCGAUGAGGAGGAUGUGCAGGCGGGGCGGGCGAGCAGUGGCGGUGGGAAAGGGGAGGGCGAGAGUGACAUUGGGGGCUUUGCGGAGGUGGCAGGGGUGGCGGGGAAACUGAAGGAGUGGGAGAAGCAGGUGGGUAACCCAUUGGAGGAGCAGCUUGACCAGUGGGCGCAUCACAGCCGUCCAUCCGCAACUAUCCCUGACACGGCAUUACAGAAGGCAGCCUGUCUCGAUGUGACGUUUGUCUUCUCCUGCCAGAUCCGCGGCAUGCUCGCCCCCAUCGACUCCGCCCCGCCUCCCUCCACCCGCCCCUCUCACCGCCCCCUCUCUCGCUUGCCCACCCGCCUGCCGCUCCGCCCUGCUGCUGCGGUGGGUGCUGGGAUGGCAGCAGCAGGAAGAUUGGGGGGAGGGGCACUGGGGGGCCGGGGAAGAUUCGGCAUGAGGGGCCAAGGGUGGGCAGUAGGAGCGAGGCAAUUAGGGGGCCAGCCAAAAGUCUGUGCAGAGAUGGGAGGAGUGGUGGGGAGAAGAAGAGGAAGCAGUGAAGGGAGGAGAGGAGUGGGUUAUUAUGCAGGUGAGGCAGGUGUGGAGUUGAAGGAGCAGGCCCCAGAAAUGCAUCCAUUGAUUUGGAGCGCCAAAAGCGGGCCAUUCUUCGUCCCCACCAGGCCCAUCCUGCUGGUGCACGCCCCGCCCUACUGCUUCUCUGGCUCGCUGCUCGCCACUUCCCUUGCUCGUCACCACACGAUCAUGCGACUAAUAUCACAAACGUCACAGUCGCUGCAAAGCGGCGUGCGACCCGACCUCUCCAGGGACUCCGUCGCUGGAACUACCCAUCGCCAGUCGCCGUCGUGCCUCGCCGCCCUCCGCCCUCUCUCCUCCAACCUCUCCCUUACCGAUCAUCGCCCGCAGCGCGCCAAUGCUCGCCUCGUUCCCGCGGCGCAGCUGGCCCAUCACGUGUCUCCCGCGGACGCGGCAACCCAUCGCGCGCGCUGCUCGCGGGGACCAGUCGAUGCGGGCGCGGGCGAGCUCGGCGCUGGCGCCUUCACUGCUGGCGCUGGGGGCUUCAGAAGUCGGUGUUGGCCUUUCAUUGCGCCGUGCAGAGCGGCGGAUCUAAAUGGCGCCUUGUGCGCUGAGCGCGGGAGCGCGGCGUUGCGCCAAGCCUGCACCCGCGGUCGGCCCCGCACACGGCGGCCUCACUCCCACCGCCUCCGCGUGCAGGCGGUGGCGGUGGAGCGAAGAGCGCCAGCCGCGGGGGCGACUGAUAGCGGGCUGCAUUGGCCGUUGGCGGGAGGGAGGAGCGGAGGAUUGGGAUCGGGUGCAGGACGGAGCGGACGACGAGACGGCGGCGUGAGCAGCGGGCGGAGCGGAAAGCGCAGGGAGCGAUUGCCGUUCCUGUCGCCGCCUCGAGACGACGACGCUAGGGCUGGCGACAAUGCCGACCUUCGCAAACAGAUCGUUCAGUCAGCGCCGCGUGCGACAGUGGACGAGUUGGCGUCGGCUUCCCAGGUGAGCGCGCGGGUGAUAGGGGUUUUGGGAUCUAGCAAUGUUCGCGCAUCCUCACCUUCACGACACUCGUUCCCUCCCCUCGUCGUCUCUCUCUCCCAUCUUUCCCCCCAAUCGCCCCGCUUUCCCCCACCAUCCCACCUGCCUAACCCGGCGCGGGCGCAGAUGGCGCGGCUGUCCGCGCUGGUGUACCACCGCGACCCCACGCCGCACGUGAGCGCCUUGGGAUUGACGCUGCGCGCGUGCCAGCAGACGCCCUUCACGGCGUACAUGGUCGUCGACUCGCCGCCGUGCCCGCGCGAGGGCGGGCGCACGCGCUACGUGAUAGCGCGCGGCGUGGCGGUGGACCGCAGCGAGGUGGACGUGGGGCGGCUGUGGCGGCAGCUGCUGCAGGUGCGCCCCGUGCACCUGGAGCGCGCGCUGACGCCGCCGGGCGUGGAGCUGCUGGUGCAUGGCGGCGUGCACGCCAUCGCGGAGGACGUGUACCGCGGCGUGCUGCCGCUGCUCGCCGCCGACAUGCGCCGCGAGGGCAUCACCCACCUGCGCUUCGGAGGGCACUCGCUGGGCGGGUCGCUGGCGCUGCUGCUGAUGCUCAUGUUCCACCUGCGCGCGCCCAACACGCGCGCAGACGCCUCCCCCCUACACCUCUCCGCGCACACCUUCGGUUCCUUCCCUGUCCUCGCGUCGCUCUCAUCCUCGCCCUCUCCCUCCGCCCCGCAAAGCCUCUCCCACCAGUUUGCCCAUGCGCCGAGCGACCUCUCCCGCCUCCUCGCCUCUGCACACGCGCACCCCUCCUCCCCCCUGCUGCACCGUGCUGCCGGCCGCCCUCCCACCGCUCACACCACCGCCUCAUGGCCUCACAUGGCUUCGCCCCAUCUGCAUGCCCCUCCCCCCGGCCUCCUCUCCUUCCCUCAUGCACCGCUGCUCCACCCCUCCUCGCCGUUCAGCAGCAGCAGCAGGGGUGCAGCGCGGUGCAGUGUGCUGGCGAGUCUGGGCCUACCAAGCGAGGCGGCGAGGGCGUUUGUGUUGGACCGCGACAUCAUCCCGCGCGCCUUCCUGCUCGCCCACCCCCUCUGCUCCGCCUUUGCCCGCACUCCCCUGCUGCGCUCGCUGCUGGGCCUGCACCCCUCCACCAGCGCCCCACCGCUCUCCACAGGACUGUCCUGGGACCCGAUGGCCUUCCAAGCAGUGGGCCUCGUGCACUACAUGCAGGCAACAGGGUCGGAGUCGAUGGUGGCGAGUCUGCCGCCAGCGCUGGCGGAGAAGGCGCUGGCGAUGGGCGUGGGGGAGCUGGUGCGCGACCCUCUCAUGCUGGCGCGCUCCAUCCGCGACCACUGCUUCAACCACUAUGUGCACUUCCUCGAGCUACGUGGUACACCACACGAGCACUCCCCUCAUGCCGCCUUCCUGUGCGCUGCUGCUCCCCUAUCUCUCUCCCGCCUCUCCCCGUUCGCGCAUCUGUCGCAGGACAGUGUCGCGCAAGACGGUGCCGUCGCAUGCUUGGAUGACGGCGAGCAGGCACCGCCUGGCAAGGCGGCGAUAUCGGCGGCCCGUGAUGGGCCUGCCGCGCCUGCUGUCGCCACGAAUAACGGGGCGGAGGCUCCACCUCGCGCGCUGUUCCAUCCGAUCAAGGUGGGCCGUCGGGGAUUCUUCAAUCACCCUUUGCUCACUCCUUUCGCCGAAUCGCGCACGUCGAUUCCCCGUUCACGUAUCAUGCCCCGCCCUGCCGUUCUGCCGACGUCAGCCCUCUCAUCUCUCCGUGCGCUCGUCGCGUCGCAGGUGGACGACAUGCACGCGGAGAUGGACCGCCUGCGACUCGAGCUGUGGGCGGCGCGCAUAGAGUGCAGCGAGUUAAGGGCUCAACUAGAGGUGCGUCAGGCAACGCUGCCGUGCCGUGCGGUGCAGUCCUUGGUUGGUCCCGCCGUGAUCAUCACGCCGGUGACUGCCUUUCGCCCUCCCGCCUCGCCCCUCCGCCCGUCCCUUGUAACCCUCUCCACCCCUCCUCCCCACCUGCCUGCGUCCCACCCCUCCGCGGCGCGGGGCGUGCAGGCGCGGUCGGAGCGCGCGCUGGAGGAGGAGCGCCUGGCCGGCGCGAGGAGCGCGCGGGAAGAGGCGCAGCGGCAGGUGGAGGAGGCGAGAGGCGAGGCGGCGGCGGCGAGGCGCGAGGCGGAGCGCGCGAGGCGGUACCACGAGGAGGAGGUGGCCGUGCUGCUCGGCGCGCACCGCGACAAGGAGGCGCUCUGGCAGCGCAAGGAGGUGGAGUUGGAGCACGAGCUGCGCCACCUGCGCCACCGACUGGCCGACGCACGCAACG